UCCAAAACGCUGGAAAACAGGCCAGAUUUUUGCUGUGCAGCAGGAAAACGGCUGGAAAGGGCCCUCUGGAACACACCAACGUGUCCCUCCAGGUGUUUACAAGAUAUGGGAAAUGCUACAUGUUCAACUCAGGAGAAGAAGGGCGGCCUCUCCUCACCACAGUGAAGGGUGGGACAGGCAAUGGACUGGAAAUCAUGCUGGACAUCCAGCAGGAUGAAUAUUUGCCAAUCUGGGGAGAAACAGAGGAGACGACAUUCGAGGCUGGAGUCAAAGUCCAGAUCCACAGCCAGUCCGAGCCACCCUUUGUCCAGGAGCUGGGCUUUGGGGUGGCCCCUGGAUUCCAGACCUUUGUGGCCACCCAGGAGCAAAGGCUGACGUACCUGCCUCCGCCUUGGGGUGAAUGUCGCUCGUCGGAAAUGGGCUUAGACUUCUUUCCCGUUUACAGCAUCACGGCCUGCAGGAUCGACUGCGAGACCCGCUACAUCGUGGAGAACUGCAACUGCAAAAUGGUCCACAUGCCAGGGGAUGCUCCCUUCUGUACCCCGGAGCAGUACAAGGAGUGCGCGGAGCCCGCGCUCGGUUUGCUUGCUGAGAAGGACAGCAACUACUGCAUCUGCAGGACACCCUGCAACCUGACCAGGUACAACAAAGAGCUCUCCAUGGUCAAGAUCCCCAGCAAGACCUCGGCCAAGUACCUGGAGAAGAAGUUCAAUAAGUCAGAAAAAUACAUCUCAGAGAAUAUUCUUGUGCUGGACAUAUUUUUUGAAGCACUCAACUACGAGACAAUUGAGCAGAAGAAAGCCUAUGAAGUGGCAGCCUUACUUGGUGACAUUGGAGGCCAGAUGGGGCUGUUUAUCGGUGCUAGCAUCCUCACCAUCCUAGAGCUCUUCGAUUAUAUAUACGAGCUGAUCAAGGAGAAAUUAUUAGACCUACUUGGGAAGGAGGAAGAGGAGGGGAGCCAUGAUGAAAACGUGAGCACUUGUGAUCCCAUGCCAAACCAUUCGGAAACCAUCAGCCACACUGUGAACGUGCCGCUCCAGGCCACGCUGGGAACGCUGGAGGAGAUCGCCUGCUGACACUGGACUGCUCCACAGGGCCAACACCCAAGGAAGGAAAACUGCACAGGAAAGCAGGGACCCAGCUCAGUCUCUGAUUUUCACUACCAGAAGGAAAUGGCCCAGCCAUCCCCUGAAAUCACCAUUACUAACGUCGUAGGCUGAAAAUUAGAAUAAAGAAACAAAAAGUCGCAGCUCUCGGAUUCUUCUUACGUUCUUGUCCUUCGUGUCAGUCUGUGAUGAAUCUUAAGCUAAGCCAGGCCUCCCCAGGCCGGGCCACCACCGUCACCCCAAGGUGAGCAUCCCUGGAGAGGGGCCGGAGCGGGGGCUCCCGGUGGAUCUGCUGUGUCCUGCUCCUCCGUCUGCAGUGCCUGGAUAGUCCGUGU